GGUGACUGCCACAGCAUCACAAAAGCAUCAAAAUCGGAAACCAAAUCAGUCUUAUCUGGGACUGAGUUCGGGGAGCGAAGCUGUGAAACCUCAACCAAUUAGACUGCUCUGUUCUUCAUGCAAUUGGAGACAAUGUGUUUGGAAGGAGCACCAUGGCCAGAUGCCCAAACAUCACACCCAGACAAACGCAGCAGCACAGAAAAUCUAAUCAGGAUUCUUUAUCCUUCUUUUUGAUUGCCCUCCUUGGUUCAGAAGAUUAGUCUAACCGAGAAGGAGAAAGCAAACACUUCCUAAACCGAUACAUACCCAAGCAAAGGAUACCCCAAAGGUAUCUUAUACUUCAAAUUGGUCUCUAUACCACUUUGGAGGUCCUGCAAUAGCGAAAUGUCCCAACCAAGCGGUGACAAUGGCGGUAGUGGAAGCCUACCUGAUGGAUCUACAUUGGAUACCACUUUGUUGGAAAGUCUCUUUUACAAUGAAAUGCUAAUGCUCGAUGAUUCGUCCGAUUUGCUGUCUACCAUCACGGCGGCUGGAAAUGCAGAGAACGCCAAUGCGGCAACGGCUGCUACUACUGAUAAUGCUCAAGCACAGCCCAAGCCAGCACCACCUCACGAACGAGAAGUAGCACCCACAACGACAACGGCGGCACCUCAAGCAGCAGCAACAGGAAAGCCAGACGAUGCAUUAACCUAUGCCGAGCAGUCUCUGCUCAGGGAUUUUGGAGUGACCGGGUCACCGAUUCCUCAUAUCAGUGAUGACAGAAGCGAACACAAAUCAGGGGAUUCAAGGGAUGUUCAGCGACCACCUCGGGGCAAUCAUCAUCACCCGCAGCCUCACCAUCCUGGUCAUCAGCAGCAACAUCAUCACAGCAGCGGCACUAACGGCAACAAUAGUUAUCCAGCCGAGCCACAUGCUUCUGCCCAAAAGCCUCCACCACAUCCUCCUCAGGUACAGCCAUACCAUGGCCAACCCUAUCCGCACAAUGGACACUAUCACCACCAGACAAAUGGGUAUCAUCAUCCUCAGCAGCAGUCGUAUCCCUCGCACGGACAUCAGCCUCAGCGUGUUAGCAAGGGAAUCAAGCAUUCUGUGACACCUCGACAACCCACACAUUCGCCACAACAGCAGCAGCAACAUCCAAGUCCCUCGGUAACCGGUCAGCCACCACCCCCUCCAUUGAUACCCAAUCCACUAGCACGUCAGCAACCAUCCCAUCCACCUCAGGUCCAGCCACCACCACAUCAGGCACAUCCAGCACAAGCGCAUCCUCAGCAUGCCAAUCAUCACUACCCUCAUCCACAUUCGCAUGCUCCUCAGCCUUACCCACAGUACCAUCACGGCGUUCCAGCACCCGCUCCUCCCGCCCCAGCCCCUGGCCACCACCAGCAUUCGGCAUUCGCGCCUCCACCUGGUUCAGUUCCCGUCCCUAUUCAGCCACAUUACAGCCCUCCGAGUGCCGCCCAUCGCCCUCUCGUGGCUCCAGUGGCAGGUCACCCUCCUCCUCCCCACACACCGGCUCAUCAUCCAGCACAACACGGACACCCACACCACCACCCUCAUGCAUACGCGGCUUCUUCGGCGCCCUCGUACCCGCAGCCGCCGAAAGAACAAUUGAUAUCACAAUUUUCACUAUUGGCUAACCGCCUCGGAAUAAAUCUUCCUUCCGAGAUGCUUUCAUCUUUAACGACCUCGGCGGGAGACGCCAACGCAGAAGGCAAACCAAGUAGUUGCAAGGGCCCACCGGUGCCAUUUGUCAGUACGGACACCAAUGGCCAAGCACCAAGCUACGCGUCUCGUCGGUACAGCAAUUCGUCGUCCAAACAGAGCGAUGUAGAGUCGGCGACUUCGUCUGCGGCAGUGGCGGCAUUGGAACUAUCAUCCAACAACAACAACUCUCCCUUUGUAGACGCGCUUCGCAAGACAGCAGAAGAAGCCGUGGCAGCGGUAACGCGAAAACGGUCUCACGAGGAUACCAAAAUGCCCGCCGCUACCAGCGACAGUAACGCCAACAGCAAGAUUAGCAAAGAAGACAAAGAAGACAAUAAACCGUCUUAUGCCAAGAGGCGCAAGAAACCCCGACUCGUGGACUGCGAAAACCGACUGACUCAAUUGCGUGCCGAAAAUGAAAAAUUAAAGCGACACUUGGACAAUAUCACCAAUCAAACCGAAAGGUUCCAACAAGAUCGUCUCAAGGCAGAAGACAAAAUGAAGGAAAUGGUGAUGAGCAAAGAAACUCCGGACGAGGAAUUGAAUAAAGUGAUUCAAGAGUAUUCGGAGGCCUACUCGGACUACGGGAAACGGCGACAUGAAGAGCUAUCCUUUCAUUUGGAUCAGCUUCAAAAACUCGCAAACCCCACGAAUUUUACAAAGAUGGCAUUGUGGACGAUGGCAAAGGCCAACGACAGUAAGAAUCUGACUGAUCAAAACCCUCUGGUUGGAAUUCUCGGGAAGCAUUUGGACGUCGCACCACAACAACUUCGAAAAAUGAUGUCACACCGUGAAAAGAUUCGGGAUUUGUGCACCAACUUGAACGCCACCAUGGCACUGAUCCAUCAACUUAGCGAUCUCUGCGAGCAAAAGAACAAGAAAUUCAAUGACAGAUUGACGAGGACGCGUGAAAUUCUACAGCCGACGCAAGUUGUCAAGCUGAUCUUAUGGAUCAAGCAUCAUUCAGAUGUGUUGAGCAAAAUUUGUCCUGGUUGGACGUCCGAGCAGGUUCUCAAAUCAUCCGAAACGCCUAGCGACACGACAACCCCAGCGGUCAAGCUUGAAACCCCACAGAACGAGUCUGCAACUAACACAACGUUGGAAGAACAGAAGAAACCAAGCGCAAUCGUUCCAGAUUCUUCCGAAGCAUCCAACGCACCAGCAAGCAACGUCAAGGGGGAGGGCAGCUAGCUAUGAUUGUUUCGAUCACAUUACAGUUUAAAUGCUAUUGUAACUAUGCUUGAAUUCUCCUUUUUUUGAAG